CCACCGGCCGUCUCGUCUCGUGCGUGCUGGGCUGCGAACUGUGCCGUGCGAGUGCUGCAUCUGCUGCAUCUGCUGCAUCCUGCGACCGCUCCACUGCUGCCUCGCUCUUUUGCCCCAUGCUGCCCUCCGCACGCUCCCCCAGCAUCUGCCCUGUGCUAUCGGCAUAAGCCCGCGCCGCACAUGCCCUGCGCUGCCUGAACUGGACGACUACCACCUCGCCCGUCCCCCCGCUGUCCUGCGCGCCCGUCGCUGCGAGCUGCCGCCAUGAGCUCGUUCUUCGGCCGCCUCAAGUCGGGCGCUGCCCCGGCCAGCCCAGCCACCGGCCACCCGGUCGCAAAGAAGGACCCCAACGCGCCCGAGCCGACGCCGCUGGAGAAGCUGCUGGCGAACGCCGGCCCUCUGCGCGGCGACGGCAGCGACAAGUUCUUCGGCUUCGAGAACUUUGGAAGCACCUGCUACUGCAACUCGGUCGUGCAGUGUCUCUACUACUCUGUGCCCUUUCGCGAGCAGGUCAUUAACUUCCCCGCCCGCUCCGCCCCCGAGUCCCUCGAACGCCCCCAGUCCCUCCCGCGCAUCAACACCAACCUCCAGAAUGGCCCGCAGUCGGCGCUCUCGCCAACAGGGCGAAACUCGCUGUCCAGUCCGACGUCGAAAGCGCCAGGCAAGCCCGCCACCACACCAGGCGCCCCCGGGCAGCCCCCCAAGCCUGAAGACAGCAAGGACUCGCCCGAAUACAAGAAGAAGCAGGCCUUGGCUGCUGGCCCCGUCCUGACCAUGGACUACGAGAACGCCAAGGCCUACGGCAUGUCCGAGUCGUUGUUCACAUCGCUGAAAGACAUCUUCGAGGCAGUAAUAGCGCACCAGUCGCGCAUGGGCGUAGUCAGCCCACACAAGUUCCUCGAGAUCCUGCGACGAGACAACGAGAUGUUCCGUACGCCAAUGCACCAGGACGCACACGAGUUCCUGAACCUGUUGCUGAACGAAGUCGUUGAGAACGUAGAGCAGUUCUCCAAGUCGCGGAUAACGGAAGUUGGCGAGACCGAGCAGAACGGAGUAGUCGCACCUGCGACGAACAACAACAACAUGAACACAGGCUGGGUCCACGAGCUCUUCGAGGGCACACUUACAUCUGAGACGAGGUGUCUGACGUGCGAGAAUACCUCUCAGCGAGACGAGGCGUUUUUGGACUUGUCUGUCGAUCUCGAACAGCACUCAUCAGUGACCAGCUGUCUGCGAAAGUUUUCAGAAGAAGAGAUGUUGUGCGAGCGCAACAAGUUCCACUGCGACAACUGCGGAGGCUUGCAAGAAGCGGAAAAGAGAAUGAAGAUCAAACGACUACCGAAGAUCUUAGCGUUGCACCUAAAGCGUUUCAAGUAUACGGAGGAUCUGCAACGGCUACAGAAGCUCUUCCACCGCGUAGUAUACCCGUACUAUCUCCGACUAUUCAACACCACAGACGACGCCGAAGACCCAGACAGGUUAUACGAGCUGUACGCAGUCGUCGUCCAUAUUGGUGGCGGACCUUACCACGGCCACUAUGUAUCGAUCAUCAAGACGCAAGACCGUGGCUGGCUUUUGUUCGAUGACGAGAUGGUCGAGCCUGUCGAUAAAGCCUACGUGCGCAACUUUUUUGGUGGCGAGAACGUACUUGCAUGUGCUUAUGUCCUCUUUUACCAAGAGACAACGGAAGAAGCUAUGAUGAAGGAGCAAGAGGCCGACGCCCGCGAGGCUGCUGCGAAGCAGGCCUCAGAGCUGAACCCCGAAGCCGUCGCAGUCGCCACAUCACCAAAGACAAACGGUGCGCCAAAUGGCUUCGGUCACGCACAUCGUCUGUCCGCAGCGCAGACACCCACAAUUGAGGAGGAGGACCAAUUCGCGAGUCUGAAUCACGCUGCUACCGCUCCUGCGCUCCAUUUUACAGAGCACGCCCACCCUGUCGAACAUGUCAGCACCAACAUCCCCGUCCUUAGCGCAAAGAAGAGUAACGCUGGACUCGGUUUGUUCGGCAAGAAGAACAAGGCUGAAGAUAAGGAGCGCAAAGCCGCCGAGAAGGAGCUGGAGGCACAAGCCAAGGCGAAACGGAAAGAGAUGGAGCAGCAGCGUCGCAACAACUACAAGAGGCAGGAGGAGGAACUGCAAGCGGCGCUGGCAGCAAGCAAAGAAACGGCGGCAGAAGAGAUCAAGAAGCGCGGCACCGAGGACAACUCUGCUGCUCCAGGCCCACCAAAGGAAGCUAAUGGCACCGGUGGCUUGGGUAAAGCAUCUGGAUUGAGCAGAUUCAGGCACAGCAGCAUAAGUUUGAAGGGCAAGCCCAAAUUCUGGGGUAGCAAAGACAAGGGAGAAGGCAAUGGCGAUGAGGCAGCUGGGAAUGGAGAUGAGCCAAAGGCGCAUGGGCUGGGCAGGAAGAAGAGCGUGUUCAAGUUUUAGGCAUCAUACCAUUGCCAUUGGAUCAUAUUGAUGGGGCUUAAGAGCGGGAAUGACGAUGGUAUAGAGGUGCUGACAGGGUUGCGUAUCCCAGCAGAGCAUUCGUGUAUGAUCAUCUCGCAGCGCGGCUCGGCCCUAGAGAACAGAGCAAUUCUCGUCAUAUUGACCUAGCUUUGUCAAGUCUCCUUCGGGCGCAAGAUGUGAUGCUCAGUAACAGUCUGUG